UUUCCGCCGCUCGCAGCUCUCUGGUCUCCAUCUCGGCUCUCUGCACAGGUACAAAUGGGACCUGAAGUUCUUGGUUCAAUUUUGCAUCAAUGCUCCAAAAUAAGAUCAUUCCGACCCGGGGUUUCUCUUCAUGCUGCUGUUGUCAAGAUGGGUCUUGAAUCUGAUGUUAUUAUCUCGAAUCAUGUUCUCAAUAUGUAUGCAAAAUGUGGGAAGAUUGAAUUUGCCCGCCAAGUGUUUGACAGUAUGCCUGAAAGAAACCUUGUUAGUUGGUCUGCUAUGAUUUCUGGUUAUGAUCAGGCAGAAAAACCUUUAAAGGCAGUUGAACUUUUAGCCCGAAUGAAAGUUGAUCAGGCAAAUGAGUUUGUGUUUGCUAGUGCGAUUAGUGCAUCUGCUAGUCUCUUGGCAGGCAAGAUCGGUAAACGUAUUCAUGCACAGUCGGUAACUCUCGGGUAUGCAGAUGUUUCUUUCGUUUCUAACUCACUUGUAUCUAUGUACAUGAAAUGUGGGCAGUCUACUGAUGCAUUGUCGGUUUUUAUGAGCAUUUAUGAACCAAAUGCCGUUGCAUAUAAUGCCGUUAUUUCGGGGUUGAUUGAGAACAAACAAGUUCAGAAAGCGUUCGAGAUGUUCAGACUUAUGUGCCGAAAAGGUCUAGUUCCAAAUCGGUUUAGUUUGGUGGGUCUUUUAGGAAAUUGUUCGACUCCGAAUGAUGUUCGGAUUGGGUUGGAAUUGCAUUGUCUAGCCAUCAAACUCAACCUUGAUUCCACUGCUUUUGUUGGCAAUGUGUUAAUUACAAUGUACUCAAAGUUUAAUUUGAUAGAGGAAUCCGAGAAGAUCUUCUGGUCGAUUGAGGAAAAAGAUACGAUUUCAUGUAAUACAUUAAUUGCCGCCUGUUCUCAUGCCCUCGAUCAUUCAAAGGGUUUAAGCAUCUUCAAAGAGAUGUUAAAAAAUUACGGUUUGACUCCUGACAACUUCACUUACACCAGUGCCCUUGCCGCGUGUUCAGGCCUUUCUUCCUCUCAUUUUGGCCGCCAAAUUCAUGGUAAUUUAAUCAGAACAAAAUUAAGCCAUGAUGUGGGUGUUGCUAAUUCACUUGUAAAUAUGUAUGCAAAAUGCGGUUCCAUACAACACGCGGUUACUGUUUUUGAUCGGAUGGCAUUCCGUAAUCUUGUUUCAUGGAACACCCUUUUGGCUGGAUUCGCAAAUCAUGGGUUAGGGAAACAAGCUAUUGAAAUUUUCAAGCGAAUGAAGGAGUUAAACGUGAAACCUGACUCAAUCACAUUUGUUUCCCUUUUAGCAGCUUUGAAUCACUCGGGACUCCUUAACGAUGGUAAAUUCUACCUAAAUGAAAUGCAGGAAACUUACGGAAUUCCUCCAAACGUCGAGCAUGUUUCUUGCAUUGUAGAUUUAUUAGGCCGAGCCCGAAGAGUAAAAGAAGCUGAAGAGUAUAUGGAAAGAUUUUCUUUUGCAGAAGAUCCAGUUGUUCUUGGAUGCCUACUGUCUGCUUGUCGAAUGCACGGUGAUCUUGUUAUCGGCAAGCGAACGGCUAAACGGGUUUUAAAGAUUCAAGAAAUCUCUACUUCACCUUAUGUGUUAUUGUCUAAUCUAUAUGCUUCUGAGAGUUUGUGGGAUGGGGCAGCAGAGGCAAGAAAGCAGUUGAAAGACAGUCUACUGAAGAAAGAACCAGGCCAUAGUUUGAUUGAAGUUAAAGGGAUUGUGGAGAAGUUCACCGUUGGCCGGAUUUCGCAUUCGAGAAUAGAAGAGAUCAUCGACAUGCUUAAAGUUUUGAGCUUCUCAGAGGACGAGGUUUGUUGCUUUCACUAAUACUUUAUCGAUACAAAUGUUCUUGA